CUGAGGGCAAAAUUAAAAAGGGAAAGGCAGAACGGCGUUGCCAUGGUUUCCUUGCAGCGUAUUGCGUCAGUGCGUUGGGCCGGGUUGCGUGCAGGAGCUGUGAGGCGGCUGCGGGGCGAAUCGACACCCUUUUCCCCGCGUUAUCAGAUGCUGCCUGACCUAGGCAUUCCUUGUACUUUCUGUUUUUAAUGUGGAUUUCAAACGUCUGCAAGAUCUUCCUGUUGUAAUUAUUGUUGCCUUUAAUUUCGUAAUGGCACUGUUCACAAAGGGCUUUGUUUCUUUGAUUCGUACAACAGAAGCAAUGAGCUGUAUGUUCAGUACCUCGACAGUCUGUGGAGCUAUACAGAAGAUGACCAGGGUGCGGGUUGUGGACAACAGUUCCCUCGGCAACACCCCGUAUCAUAGGCCGCCCAAGUGCAUUCAUGUGUAUACCAAAAAUGGCAUCGGCAAAGUAGGAGACAAAAUCUUGCUGGCGAUCAAAGGACAGAAGAAGAAGGCGUUGAUUGUCGGCCACAAGAUGCCUGGACCUCGGAUGACACCCAGGUUUGACUCUAACAACGUGGUGCUCAUCGAAGACAAUGGGAACCCAACAGGGACACGCAUCAAGGUGCCUAUCCCCAAAGCUCUGCGGAAAAUGGGUGGGGAAUAUUCCAAAAUACUAGCCAUCGCUCAGAAACUUGUCUGAUUGGGUAUCACCAACCUUGUAUUGUAAGCAUCAGUUACUUCCUACAGCUGAAACACCUUUCUACUUCAUUCCAAGAUUUGAAGAUUGUUCAAUUAUAUCAGCUGUUCAUUUGAAUAUUAAAAAUUUUAUGUCUUUGUUGCCUAUGAACUUC